UCAAUUAGUUAGCUCGAAAAAUAUAAAUACAACAUGAGCCUGUUAAGCAACCAUCAUUUCCCUGCCACCCUUUGAAGUGGGAAAAAGUUUUUCACUUUUACUUUCUGUGAAGAAAAUUAUCUGCUGGAGCGAUAUGAAGAAUGCUGCACUGGUGGCGCUGGCAGUGUGUGUCACUUACUUUGGAUGGGCGGCAGGUCAAUUGCACAUCCCCAUUCCCCUGAUGUUUCAUCGGCACUUCAAACGGCAUCUGGCUCCGGUGACAACGGAACAUCUGGAGUCCUCUCACGUAUUCGACACUCAAUCACAGGAUACCAAUCAAUACGGUAACAAGCACUUCAAAGAGGUCACAAUUACCAAAGGAAUCCCGGUGCCCUUUCCGGUGAAGGUCGAAAGGCAUGUGGCCGUGCCGGUGCAAAUCCCGUUUCCGGUUCCGGUUCCGGUUCAGAACAAGAUCCCCAUCGUUUGGGAACGCAAGAUUCCGGUCUACGUAGAGAAACCGGUGCCAGUUCAGGUUGAUCGACCGGUUCCCUAUCCACUGCCAAUCGAAGUGCCGGUGUUCCAUAAAGUGGCGGUCGAGGUGCCGAAACCCUUCCCUGUGCAUGUACCCAAACCAUAUCCGGUGUACAUCGAGAAGCCGAUGUUCGUCGAGAAAACUUCGAACCAAUCAAAGUCGCAGAACCAGAAAUCGAAGAACGGAGGCGGGAAAAGUUCGGGCAAACGGGUGAAGAAAGAAUCCGUUGUGACUGUGGUGAAACAUAACCACUGAAAGAAACUUUGCGUGAUUUUUUGUGUUAUUUGUAGGGUUUUGUGUUAAAAUAUUUAUUUAAAUAGACGUGAUAUGAACGCUUAGUUUGAAAACCAAACGCAGUGUAAAAU